AUGACGGAACCGGUUGAUUUGCGAGUUUUAGAAAACGCAUGUGCUAUACUUGGGCGUGAAAAUAGUCCACUUGAUGCUUAUAUGCCAAUUUUUGAUGACCUUAAUACAAUUGUAAUCAAAUCGUCCGCGGAUGAAUCUUUUAGAAAAAGACUAGCAGGUGAUCGGGCGCUAUGGAAAGCAGUUGGGCAAUGUUUUAGUGCAAUUAAUGACGUUGAUUUAAGAAAUUGCGUUGCUCCAGACCUGCAUUUAAGGCUUUUGAGAGGAAUUGUAUUACUAUCAAGAAACUUUGGAGCCGAACGGCAAGAUAUUCCACAGGAGCUACUGUUACAAAAUAAGCUCACUAGAUGGCUUGCGAAGCAACAGAAAUCUUAUAAAGCUAUGGAAAUAGCUCUUUUCUCUGUUUCAUAUGAGUUUUUUUAUAAUAUUUCCAAGUCAUCUGUACUUUUUGAUAAGUCGAGCUUGGACGAAUUAUGUGAUAUUCUGGUAUAUCCUGCAACUGUGCCCAGCAAAAAUAGAGAUACAUUGCUACUACCAAUGCUGUGCUUCAUGUCGCAUUUGGUGCAGAAUGAUGACUUCCUCUACUACUUUUUAAAGCAUCCUUGUGCCACGAAUAUUUUGUCAAGUCUUCUGAUAGAGGAUAUUGUGAAAAGCCAUAUCGAAGUUCCAGUAGUUCAAGGUGAAAAGGGUGCUCUAACCAGUAUAUCAGCUCUUGAAGCUGUUCAGGUUGAAAUAUGGUCAUCAAUUUUAACACAUGAAUCAUUUGGGGUAUAUUUAAAAGACCAGAGAUUGAACAACUGGGAAAACUUCUGCACAAUUUUGUCAUUAUCGCAACUAAUCAUAACAAGUAGAGAGAAAUGGGAUAAAACGCAAUUGACUGUUAUUAUGAGCUGGGUGUACGAAGUUUUUGUAUCUGCUGCUGAAGAGCUACGUUUAUUCUUCGAGGGCGAUGCCCAAGAUGAGAUUUUGGCUCAAAAAAUCCACCGUAUUUUGACUAUUAGUCUCGAUAUAAUAUCUGUGCUAUCAAAAUUUGAGCAUGUACGAGAGUUCAUUCUAUACUACGGAGGAUUAAAGACUUUGGUGGAUCUUCUCAGCUGCUUGCAAAAGAACUGUAUUAGAAUUAAUAUUACCCGAGACAAAUUAGGUGUAAAAAGAAUAAGGUCAACUAAUGCUGCAGGAGAACCUGUUAAAGACAAUGACAAAAAGGCCAGCAGAAUUGACUUUGAAACCGGUACUAUAAAGGCUACAAAUUUCCCUGAAUGUAAGUCUAUGGUUAUUGAAAUUUUGGCAUAUUUGUGCUACGGUAAUGAAGAAAUUCAGAAUAGAUGCCGAGAGCUUCAUGCUCUGGAACUUGUACUAUCCAACUGCAUAUUAGACGAUAAUGAUCCUUUUAUCAAAGAGAGGAGCAUAAUGUGUAUUAGGUUCCUUCUUGAAGGCAAUCAGAAGAACCAAGAAUUUGUUGCGAAGCUUGAGGCCAAGAGAGCUAUUAAAGAUGACGUACUGUCGGAGGCUGGCUUCGAUAUUGAAAUCGACGAAAGUGGUAAAAUUGGGUUGAAACAGUCCUCCAAGGUAAACACGUAG